AUGGCUCGGCGAUGGGCGCGCCGACUCGAGCGCACAUGCUGCUCGAUCGUCCGGUACUUUCCGCUGCUCUUCGUCUAUGGCCUGACGACGUGGGCUGUCGUAACAAUCGUCAAUAUCGGCAAUGAAGACACCAGCAUCGCAUGGCUAGGCAAAGUUUCGUCUGCCAUUGGCGUUGCCAUCUACCUCCUCGCCAACUGGGCCUACACCGUCGCCGUAUUCACACCCGCGGGCUCGACCACGACGACCGACGGCUACGGCAUGCUCCCCACGGCGCAGACAAACCGCCCCGCGACGUCCUUCACCGUCAAGAGCAAUGGCGAGACGCGGUUCUGCAAAAAGUGCCAGGCGCGCAAACCCGACCGCGCGCACCACUGCUCCACGUGCAAGCGGUGCGUCCUAAAGAUGGACCACCACUGCCCGUGGCUGGCGACGUGCGUCGGCCUGCACAACUACAAGGCCUUUCUGCUCUUCCUCUGCUACACAACACUGCUGUGCUUCUACUCCUUUGCUGUCAGCGGCACCUGGGUCUGGACGCAAAUCAUCAGCGGCAUCACAGAAGAGGUCGACAACCUCAUGCCCGUCAACUACAUCAUGCUGUCCGUCAUGAGCGGCAUCAUUGGCAUCGUGCUCGCCAUCUUUACUGGCUGGCACAUCAUGCUCUCUCUGCGCGGGCAGACCACGAUUGAGUGCCUCGAAAAGACACGCUAUCUUUCGCCACUGCGCCGCUCCUACAACCGCGCUCACGACCCGCGCAACCAAUUCCACCCCGUCGCGCAGCAGAUUGUCGACUUUCAUACCGCCGCGUUGCCUGGCAUCACCGCGCCCGAAGAGGGUGCGGAGCAGCGCUGGGCUGAGGACCGACCGGAGGUCUAUGAACAACAACAUCAGCAACGACGCGGCCCGCCCGCGCAGCGCUCAUAUGUGGAACUGGAGCGCGAGCAGAGCCGCCGACGGUACGAGGAGUAUCUCGAUGAGCAGGACGCCGAGAAGCUCCCCAGCGCGUUUGACCUCGGCUGGCGCAGGAACAUGACGCAUCUGCUGGGCCCCUCACCCGCGCUCUGGUUCAUCCCCGUCUGCAACACCACCGGCGACGGCUGGGCAUGGGAAGCAAGCCCUAAUUGGCUCGAGGCCUGCGAACGCGUGCGCCUCGAGCGGGAGCAGCAGCGCCAGCGCGAAAUUAACGCCGGCUGGGGUGAAGCCGGGCCCCCUCCCGAGCCGCCCUCGUACUACGGCCAACAACAACAGCAGCAGCAGCCAAGACAGCAGUCACGACAGCCUGCCAGCAAAGCAGAUCGUCUGCUCGGCCGCGACCCGAAUCUCUACACGGACCCGCGUCCAAAUGGAAAUGGCAACACCGUGCCGCUGCGGCGGCUGAGUCCGCGCGGACGCACCAUCGAGCAGGAGCUCGAAGACAUUGACAGCGACAUUAUCGAUUUCGAUGAGGAGCCACAGCAACAGCCGCAGCGGCCUAAUGGCGGUAGCCCAGCACGUAUGAACAGCAAUGGCAGCAGCAGCAACUGGGGCCGCGGCGGUGCGAGCGGCAUGCUACGAAGCGGUGCGAGCGGCGGUGGCCAGACGCCAAAGCAUGAUAACGCUGGAAGUGCGUCUUACGAAGAUGAAGGUGUAGAUUAA